AUGUCCUUGCUGGACUACUGGGGGAAGCAGGAGUCUUCCGCGAAACGCAGAAAGGUCUCCGGUGAUGACGUUCUGCAAAAACACUCGAUUCGGAAAGAGGAGAGUAUGCCUCGUGAAAGCGAAGAGCGUCCUAUAGAUCGCCCAUUAUUAAAGACAUCCGAUUCACCAGCUAUACCUCUAGACGGAUAUCUCCCAAUCGACGAUGGGAAGCACAUUCCAGACAGUCAAACAGAACUAGAAUCUUCCCUUCCAGCAAUCGAAACCAACACCCAAGCAAUAGACGAGUAUGAGACCUUGCGCACUGUGCAAGUUGAAUCAGACGAACCAGACCUGCACCAACGAAUGCAAAACAGCAGCUGGCAGAAAGGCAAAAGCUCUAUAUAUGCUGAUGCCUUCAAUCUAGCACUGGAAACAGUACUAAAUGAAGAGGCUCAUCUGUUCAAUGGGGCUGAGAUGGAGGUGUUCAGGCAGUGGAGAGAGUUGUCAUAUGAGUCGCAGUAUUUAUAUGUACGGCUCUUUCUGCGGAAAACUUCUGCGUGGCAUCGUAUUAACCAGCUUGGUUAUUCGGAUGUUGUGGAUUUGGAUGCUGCGGUCGCUGAGCUCCAGCGCAGUCGUGGACUUCCUAUUCUUUCUGGAAUGGAGAAUGCGAAUCCAGCAGAUGUUGACUCUGGUUCGGAGCUCAAUGGCGAGUUCAGAUUCGCCGAUAGUAGUGAGCUGAUAACGACGCUGGAAGAAGCGUCAUCGUUAUUACUACUGGACGAGCUGAAAAGCUUUGCAACUGAUGUGAAGGCGCAAGGGAAGAGCAAGAAAGAAUUGCUAGCGGUAUUUCGGGAGUCAAUCCAGACACAGACGGGACUUGACUGGAAUCAUGGUAAAACAGGUGUCAGAAGUCCUUAUGUGAAUCGGGAUAGCCACUAUGUCCAAAAGAUUCUCGGCUACACCGGUGACUGUAUAAGGCUCAGCGCUGGUCCUCGUGUCUUGUUUGAAAGAGUGCAUUUGGUCUUUUAUAGGUCUACAGAAUGGACAGAGAAGUCUCUUACGACUAUUAUUCUUGCGAAGACUUUGCGCAAGAACUUCCCGAGUUACAUUGUGUGUCGGUCUAGUUCGAUUUUUCCGUCUAGGUCGACUUUGCUAGAAUUCGAGUCGGCACUGCGGACGCAGUUUGAUAUUGACAAUAUCCUCCAAUUCAAUGGACCCCCGGACUUGCAACAAGUCAAAGGUCUUUGCGAUAAGGUUUAUCCUCGAUGGAAGGAACUUCUAGCCCAAGAACAACGGAAAGAAGCCACUUUCUACGAAUGCGGAGAAGGAGCUUAUCUACGCCGUUUCUCGCCAGCUUGGGUUUAUACUCGGAUUGUCCAUAAGGGCCUUCUUCCCUUGGGACGAUUCAAGGAGCAUAAACGUGAGCAUGAGGUUCUCACUGAACUUCUUGAUCAACGUCUUUUUCACGCUGCGCGUCGUGGUGGAUGGCAUCAACGGAAAGCCCUGUUGGAAGAACAUUACAUGUGGAAUCUCACGCCAUUCGACGGACGCAGUGGAGAGAACCAGCGAAAGCACUGGAAAAGGAUUGCGCUUCGGACAUGUGAGGAAGGGCUCGAGGAUCCGAGCAGUCAUCUAAUCUACCACUACGACUUACAAAAGCGGGUAAUGAAACUGGAGAAAGCGCUGAAAGUGCCUAAACGAGAACAACAUGAUUUUGGAUACGCCGUUCUGGCUAAACCUGAAGAACGGACUAUUGAUGGGAUACGUAUCGAGCAAGAGGAUACGCCUCACGACAAUGCAUCGAAACGAGGUCGUCCGACGGUUUGGGUAGAUGAGAGAGGGGGCGGCGAAUGCAGAGUCGAGCAGAUGUGUUUAAAUUGGUAUAUGGAUCAUGGCUGGAAAGGCUAUCAUUCAGAGGGCGGCAUCGUUCGUACAUUGUUCGGCCUCCUAUUCUACGACAUCCUCUUCACCUACAUCCCUAACGUCUUCCAAACCCCCUUUCAAACCUCCCCCCUCGACCUCCACACAGACACCUUCUAUCCCACCCGCGCCUCCGAAAUAAACCACCGCCUCGUCGAAAUCGCAAAUGGCUCCGCCGAACACCUUAUCCGCACAGUCUACACCACUCACUCCCCCCUCCAACCUUGCGUCGUCGGCAUAAACUGGUCCUUCCCGUUGGACGAUCUGGUUGAAAUCGCGCGAUGUUUUCGUGGUGAGGCGCUGGCGGCGAUUUGUAAGGUUCUCGCGCAGGAGUAUCAGCAAAGAGGUGGGGGAAUUCCGGACCUUUUGGUUUGGAGUCAGGAGAAGAGGGAGAUUAUGUUUGUGGAGGUGAAGUCGGAGAAUGAUCGGUUAAGUGAUACGCAGAGGUUGUGGAUUCAUGUGCUUGUUGGGGCGGGGGUCAGGGUUGAGCUUUGUAAUUGUGUUGCUAGAUAG